GCGGGUGCCAGGUAUCAGCCUCUGCUUUGUCCUCAGCCUGCCUCCUCCGUCACCACUGCAGGCUUUGGUGCCUGGCCCUUCCUCCCUACUCUUGACCAGGCGCUUCGGCUUCUCUAGCAGCAGCACCCGGCAUAGCCUGCCAUGGGGAAGCAUUACUUCUGUGACUACUGCAACCGCUCCUUCCAGGACAACCUCCACAACCGCAAGAAGCACCUGAAUGGGCUGCAGCACCUCAAGGCCAAGAAGGUCUGGUAUGACAUGUUUCGAGAUGCGGCUGCCAUUUUGCUAGAUGAACAGAACAAGAGGCCUUGUAGGAAGUUUCUACUGACAGGCCAGUGUGACUUCGGCUCCAACUGCAGGUUUUCCCACAUGUCAGAGAGAGACCUCCAGGAGCUGAGCAUCCAGGUGGAGGAGGAGAGGCGGGCCAGGGAGUGGCCACUAGAUGUCGUCGAGCUCCCCGAGGGCCGUCUGGAAGACUGGUUGGAAAAGAGAGCCAAGCGGCUGAGCUCAGCUCCAAGCAGCAGGGCGGAACCCAUGAGAACCACCAUCUUCCAGUACCCCAUAGGCUGGCCGCCGGUCCAGGAGCUGCCUCCAUCCCUGCGGGCACCCCCACCCGGGGGGUGGCCCCUGCAGCCCAGCGUCCAGUGGGGCUGAGCCUCUCAUCCCCACCUGACACCCCUCGGGUCAGUUUCGGUGUCAAUCACGAUACAGAUGAGGGCCCCUCCUGGGGACACGGGAGGCCCCCGCCCACUGCCUCCUGAAGCCAUUGGUCCUAGCCCCAGUCCUAGCUUUGCUCUAGGCAGUUACACCCUCCUGCCCUCAUGGGACAUCCUGAGAAGAUGGAUGAGAAAACUUCCUUCUGGGUGUUUAUAAAGAAAGUCUGUCACCAUG